AUGCCUCGCAAGUCGCGGCGCACUGUGCAGCGCGCGGACCCUGCGCUCGACAGGCGUACGUGGCGUCCUGCGACCGGCCGCGCCGCUACGGCGUCAGAGGCGGAGGGCGAGGCUUCGGCAGCGGCUCGCAAGACGCCAAAGAAGGGCAAGGAGCCAAAGAUCGGGCUGCUCCAGCUCCUUCACUUUGCGACGCCGCUCGACUACCUCUGCCUCUCCAUCGCCGUGCCGUGCGCCGCCGGGACCGGCUUUCUGCAGGUCUCGAUCCUCUUCAUCUUCGGCGCGCUGCUCGACUCGCUGGGCUCCACCUCGGCGGGGCGACGGGUGUGCUGGUGCCCGAAACCUUCUCGCUCGGAAGCCGGCCAGAUUAGAUGCGGCAUCACAGUAUUAAGGCAGAGCAUGAAAGUCAAGAUCGUAAUCGUGAUCAUAACUGCACUGGUAAGGAAAAGCUGGGAGAUGCCGCUCUGGUUCUGGUUCGUCUUGCUCGGCCUCGGCCAGUGGAUCCUCUGUACGGUCUACAACGGCCUCACCGACACCGCAAAGGAGCGAAUGAUCGCGCGGCACGCUAGAUGGGGGACAUCGGCUGGCGAGGGCCUCAAGACGAUUGAGGAGGCGCUGUCGCCAAAGGCCGUCAUCCUCUUCGAGUGGCUAGCGAUGGCCGUCACCGGCUGGGCCCUCUGCUUCAAGUACGAGUGGCGCGUCGCCCUCAUCAUCCUCGCCUGCUCUCCGCUUGUGCUGCUCGGAGGCGCGCUGAUGGGGUACGCGCAGCAAAACGGGCAAAAGAGCGUCGUCGACGGGUACGCCGAGGCGGGCGCGAUCGCGACCGAGGUGCUUGGCGCCGUGCGGACCGUCGCAUCGCUCGGCCUCGAGACGCUGUCGGCGAGCCGGUACGACGCAGCGUUGCACAAGGCGCAGCGCGCGGGCAUCAAGGCGCCUCUGCCCGUGUCUCUGCUCGUCGGGCUUGGCAUGGCGAUCCUCUUCUCGGCACCAAACGUGAUGAUGGGCGCCGGCCUGAUCUACGGCACGUCGCUGCUCAAGGACGCUCGCACGGAGCGCCAGAUGCAGCACUCUUUCCUCGUCCGGACGGCGGGCGGGUUCAACACGACGCUGCAGCUCUGCGCCAAGCCGUGCGAUGAGUACAACCUGGCCACCGCCAACGCCGACUACAACACCACGCUCGCGCUCUACAACCACAACACCCUCUCGCCGGCCACGCCGCGCAGCUGCGCAGAUUUUGGCGCCAAGGUGCUGACUUGGACGUGCUUCACGGCGGAUCUGACCGUCUCCUCGGGCCUCUUCGACGCGGACGCGUGGGCCACGCUCUCCUUCUCGUCGAGCGACAGCAGCCCGCUCACCUUCCUCGAGGUGCCCGGCCAGCCCGCCCUCCUCGACGACGCCUCCUUCCGCUCGUACUUCGAGCAGCAGACGGGCGGCUGGACUUGCGCCGUCCUCCCGGCGGCCGUGCUGCUCGCCAUCUUUGCGCUCCAGAACGGCGCCCAGGGUCUCGGCAACGUGGGCCAGCCCGUCAACAUCAUCGCAAAGGGGCGGCAGGCCGGCGUCGCGAUUCUGCAGACCAUCCGCCGCGUGCCUGCAAUCGACUCCUUCUCGACGGCCGGUACCACGCUCGACAGCGUCACCGGCGCAAUCGAGGUUGUCGACGUGGUCUUUGCGUACCCCACCCGCCCCGACUUCACCAUUUGCCACGGCUACUCCCUCUCGAUCGGCGCGGGGCAGACGGUGGCGCUGUGCGGCCCGUCCGGCAGCGGCAAGUCGACUCUCGUCGCGCUGCUCGAGCGCUUCUACGACCCGCAGCGCGGCGCGAUCACCCUCGACGGUGUCGACAUCCGCACGCUCAACCUGCGCUGGCUCCGCUCCCAGCUUGGGCUGGUGGGGCAGGAGCCGGUGCUCUUCGAGGGCACCGUCGCGGAGAACAUUGGCUACGGCAAGGAGGGCGCCUCGCAAGACGAGAUCGAGGAGGCGGCGCGGGCGGCGAACGCGCACGGCUUUGUGAUGGACAGCCUGCCCGACGGCUACGCCACGCAGGUGGGUCUCCGCGGAGGCAUGCUUUCGGGCGGCCAGAAGCAGCGGGUGGCGAUUGCUCGCGCCAUUGUUCGCAAGCCGGCGGUGCUGCUGCUGGACGAGGCGACGUCGGCGCUGGACAAUGAGAGCGAGCGGGUGGUGCAGGCGGCGCUGGACAGUAUCGUGUCGCAGCACAAGCGGACGACGGUCACCAUUGCACACCGCCUCUCGACAAUCAAGAACGCGGACAAGAUCGCCGUGCUGCGCAAGGGCGCGGUCAUCGAACAAGGGUCGCACGAGGAGCUGCUCGAGCUGGGCGGCACCUACCUCGCCCUGUGGGAGGCACAGCAGUGA